AUGGAUCACGAAAAGAUUCUCGAGGCAGCCUUUGCCGACCCCCACAACACGCCCAUUGUGAUCCCCCCCGCCGACGUUAACAAGAUUAUCAAGACGAGCUACACGGUGGACGAGCCGUUUACGUAUACACGCACCCAGUUGUGGGACAUGGAGCGACGCAAGGCGCACGAUCCCGAGACGUUCCUCGGCGGCGUCGCGCGCCCCGGCAGCGUCCAAGUCUUCGACGUCCAGCGCGACGGCGACGUGGAGACGUUUGUGCGCGUGAGCGACCAGCGACGCUGGGCCGCGCCGACCGAGUACUCCACGGUGAUUGAGCAGGUGCGACUGGACCACGCGACGCAGCGGGCCUUCUUCAUCGGCGUCGAUGCGGUCGACGCUCCCGACGGCCGGCGCAUCGUUCGGGGCACGGAGCAGCCGCGGUUCCACGUGGAGCACUCGUGCGCGGGACCCGAGACGGCGCCGCUCAACAUCUGGCGGAUGGUGCUGCUGGACGGCGACGAGGACGGCGCGGUGCGGGCGGCGCUUCAGGGCAUGGCGGAGAGCCCGUACCUGCGGGCGUUCAACGAGGUGUACAUCAGAGAGGUUCUGGGGCGAAAGCUGGUGCGGAAGGAGGCGGAGGGGGCGGGUGGCAAAGACGCAGAGUAG